GCACAGAGGAAUGAACUAGCCUUUCUGUUUAUCCCUGGUUGGGUGUGUCCUUUUUUGCCCGAAUAAAUGGCAACACUGCAAAUGCCUGAAAAGUAAACAAGAUGGCAUCUCCAAUAAGUGUGGAACCACAUAUUAACAGUAAAAAGCCUUCUAAUAGUGCCUUUAAGCAACAAAAACUCCCAGCGUGGCAACCUAUACUUACUGCUGGUACUGUUUUACCAACUUUUUUUAUAAUUGGAUUGGCUUUUAUACCAAUUGGAAUUGGUUUGCUAGUAUCAUCAAAUCAAGUACAAGAACUGCAAAUUGAAUAUACACUUUGUAAAAGUCCAGAAUUAGGCAUAACUUGUGAUGAAGCACUUAAAACUGGAGCUGCACAAUGUAAAUGCAACAUAUUCUUCAACAUAACUAAUCAGUUUAAGAGAGAUGUGUACAUGUACUAUGGCCUUACAAAUUAUUAUCAAAAUCACCGUCGUUAUGUAAAGUCUAGGGAUGAUGCACAACUACUUGGAGAUAUUACAAAACAGCCAUCUACUGAUUGUGUCCCAUAUGAUGUUACAGAAGAUGACACACCCAUUGCACCUUGUGGUGCAAUUGCUAAUAGCUUGUUUAAUGAUGAAAUCAAGCUGUAUUUUAUAAAACAAGGUCAAAGAGAAGAUGUAGAACUAUUGAAAAAUGAAAUUGCCUGGCCAACAGACAAAAAAGUUAAGUUUCGAAAUCCACCAGGAUUUGGUACAAAUCCAGAGAAAGCAUUCAAUGGCACAGCCAAGCCUAGGAAUUGGACUGUACCAGUAUGGAAGUUAGAUAAUGGUUUUGAAAAUGAAGAUUUGAUUGUUUGGAUGAGAACUGCUGCACUGCCAACUUUUCGAAAGUUAUAUCGACGUAUUAACCAUGAGCAGGAAGGUUAUAGAUUAGGUCUUCCUGAAGGACAGUAUGAAUUAGACAUAACUUACAGGUACAAGGUCACACCUUUCAAAGGAACAAAAAGGGUCAUCUUAUCAAACACAUCUUGGCUCGGUGGCAAGAAUCCAUUCCUUGGUAUAGCUUACAUUGUUGUUGGAAGUAUUUGCUUAUUACUUGCUGUUGUCUUUCUGAUUAUUCACUUUAAAUAUGGAAAAAGUACUCAUGACUUGGUGAAUAUAUCGCAAAGAACACCAUACUGAAGAAAUCAUCCUAAUUUGUCUUGUGUGCAUUCCAUAUCAUAUUUAAAGCCUAUCACUUCAAAAUAUUGUGGUUUUUCUAUGAAUAGAAAAAAUGGCCUUGUUUGUCUGGUAUGAUAGCCACAUGUCUUAAUGUACAUAAUUAUAGUUUCUUAUGUAUUAUACCUGUAAAUAGAAAAAUUUGCAUAUUUUUUGUUUGACUUAUGAUUUGAAUUAAUUUUAUUUGUAAUGUUGAACACUGCUUGUAAAAAUUUUAAUUAUAAUGUUGUAAUAUUGAACUUAUCCUAAAUUCUGUAUGUGUUAAAAUCUGUUUAGAGUUUAAUGAUUUAUUGUGUGUCCAUGGAUUUUCUAUAAAUCUUUAUGUGCUAAAAAUGUAAAAGUUAUUAUAGAAGUGAAUAAAAACUUUUAUUUAUUGAGA